AUGCGGACAUCCCUGUGACAGCUGUACUGGGGCAGUUUUUGCCUGUUCCAGGUGAACUAGUUCUGAAUGAACAAGAGUUUGAAAAUGGACCCUUACAGCCAGUAGCUAGCACUGCUACAUUCCAUCUAGAAUCAAAUCUGCACAGGCCAGUGAAAACGACCUCGGAGGGCUUACCUUUUGGUUCAGGGGUGACAAAGUCUAAGAAACCAUGUAACUGCACAAAAUCUCAGUGUCUUAAAUUAUAUUGUGAUUGCUUUGCCAAUGGUGAUUUUUGCAACAACUGCAACUGCAAUAAUUGUUACAACAAUCAACUUCAUGAAACUGAGCGAUUUAAAGCCAUUAAGGCCUGUCUUGAUAGAAACCCAGAAGCUUUCUUACCAAAGAUUGGGAAAAGGAAACUGGGAGAAACUAAACCUCGCCAUAACAAAGGAUGUAAUUGCAAGCGCUCAGGAUGCCUCAAGAAUUAUUGUGAGUGCUUUGAGGCUAAAAUUAUGUGUUCCUCUAUUUGCAAAUGCAUUGGUUGCAAAAAUUAUGAAGAAAGUCCAGAUGAAAAAAAACAGCUGAAUGUGCUAAACUGCAUGGACAUUCGAAAUAAUGAAGGAAAUAGCCGAAUUUUAACAUCAACAUUCAAAACAUUACCAAAAUUCAAGAAAGGCAGACAACCAGCUGUAUGUAUAUCUUGGGAAGAAGUGAAAGCAAUAUGUGCUCGUCUCCUGGUGCAAGCUGAAGAGGCAGAAAAAAGAGGUUACUCUGUCUGUCUAGCUCAGUGGAUGAUUAUGGAGGAAUUUGGGAGAUGUUUAUCCUAG